GAAGUCGGCUCGUUUCUUCUGUAUCUACACCUUUCAUUGUAUAGUAUUUAAUAUUUCACUAGAGCGACCGCACACACACAUUCUCGCUACAGAGAUGCCUACGAAGACUUUCGGCCUCAGUAGACAAGUGGAACAAUCCGAGAAAAAUUCUUCAUCGAAUCGCGUUCCUCUAGAGGCCCUACAAAUGUUGACUCAGAGUGUCUCCAAGUGUAACCAAGAUUAUAUCCAACCACUUCCUUUAAAGGAGGAUGAACAGAAAAAGUCACCUCUUGCUCUGCUCGCCGCUACGUGUAGCAGUAUCGGCAAAGCUGAACCCGCAAAAACAGCGGAACCUCUUCGAGAUAACACAUCUCUUACUGCUAAGAUAAGCUCGGAUGAAACUCGGUCAUCGUUCAAACCAUACAAGCAAAGUCCCGAGAAAGAAGAAGAAACCGAGAAGUCAGGAUUCCGAUCUCCUAGUAAGGAAAACAUGUCGCGUGGCUCUCCAACAGAGUCGAAGGAAGAACGCAGUAAAUUACUGCAGUACUCAGAUACAGAGGGACAUUGUGGAUUUGUUCACUCGCAGCAGAAUAGGGUAUGUGGUGGUAUGGUUGUUGAGCCUAAUCAAGCACAGAAUAUGCAUCCAUUACAUAAAGAAUGCGGUGGGACAAGCUGUACAUCUCAUCCUUCAACUCUCCUGCCUUUCAAAGGCUCAAUGGCAUACCCACCRUCAAUGACAAGCCCAGAGCAAGCAGCUCUAAAAUCCCACGGACUGCCAACGUCUAAUGUUAGUUCGAUAUAUCCACAAUGUGCAUGCGUAUUUUGUGCACCUCACGGGGAAAACGUCGCUGCUCAAGCAUUAUCGCGACAAUUGCAUGUGCCCGCUACACCGUACAUGGACUAUCUCCAGAGAACAAUAUGUAGAGAUGCAAACUGCACAAACUGUAGGGCUCCUGUUAGCCCCUAUGGACUUCCAACUCCUGUACARCAAUGUGGACCGCACUGUAUGCAAUGUGAAAAUAUGACCAARCCAACGGAACAGCCUGCCGGGCCAUACUCAUGCUAUUACCCGACACACGGUCUUGCUAUGUUCAAGAACGCACAAGAGGAGGGCCAUCCUUAUGUUUGUAACUGGGUCUCGGGCGCAAAACAUUGCGGAAAAUCGUUUGCCACUUCAGAGGACUUAUUUCAACAUUUGCGAACUCACACACAACUCGGGMAUAACGCKGUGAGUSCACCAAAUMCACAACCGUCCGGUCCGUGUAAUAUUCAUGGCUGUCCGUGUAAGCUUCAACAAGGCCCAGUUCAAUCAUCUUUGCAUUCCUCCCGUUACCGACCAUAUUACUUCAAACCUUCGUUGAUGCCAAGUCCACCAACAGUACCAAUAAGUUGCUACUCGGCUUCGCCUUAUGSAUCUCUCCAUGGCCUUCCAUAUGAUCCACACAGAUUAUUCAAAUAAUGAACUGAAAAUAUCUUUCAUUUUAGUAAUAAAUUCUUGUAUUAUAGGUUUGAAAUCAUAACUCCMAUUCAUGACAAUGUACAGUAAAAUAUAUGGGAAUAUCUUAAWCUGUUUUGUCUUAUUAUUGUGUUUACUGUGAAGAAAAGUUAAACUUUCAAGAGCACUCUUACGAUUUUGUAGUUUUAAAAACUAAUUCAUAAACGUAAUGGCAGAAUUUAGAUAAGAAAAACCCAUACAAUAACAAAUCAACGCAAUUUAAUGUCAAUUCUUAACCUGUAAAUUCAUCGCAAAGGGAAUUGAACUAAAUAAGAAACGACUUGAAGUUUAUUUUCAAAGAUAUUUACUAGGAUUAUUUGAGUCUAUUUUGUUUGGUAAAUGACUUCCCUACAGCAGGCUGUGGGGCAUAUGUUUAAAAUGGUUUUAGUUUCUAUAUUUCGGUUUCUAAAGGGAUUUUUCAAUGAUAUGUUAAAAUAGGUUCUCGGUCAUAACAAUGAAUAAAACAUUUAUUGCAUAUCACGGAA